GCCCGGUGCGGCUAAAGCCAAUUUGGGCGGCAAGCCACAAGCAGCGCCCGCCAUCGUUUCCGCUGCCACUCUAGGUCAAGCUCAGGGGCCCCUCCCUGACAUGAGGCUGGGAGGCGUCAACCACCCCCAACGGCAAAUUGCAUCUUUCUGCAGCAAAGGACCGGGGAUGUCGUGGAAUUGGCUUGUCAGCCUGGGAAUCUAGUGCCAGGCGGCGCGGCGGGCCUGUGGACGGGGGGUUAUACAUAUAACAAAGGGACGGCCGGCCUGGGUCGACCAAGUGGCCGUUUUCAGUCGUUCUUUGUCGCUCGCUUGUCCUUCUACCUCUCCUCGUCCGCCUUGCUCUCAUUACCACGGCAGCUCAAGCCUCUCUCUCUCUCUUUCCCUCCCUCCUCUCCCUAUCGUGUCGCCCAAGCACACUACCAACCAAGGCAGACCACAGAACACAGAACCGGUCUCCUCCAACACCCCCAAUAUGAAGGCCCAGCUCAGCAACGUCGCCGCCGCCGCGUUCGCGUUCGCCGCCUCGGCCCUCGCCGACCCGGUCCUCGUCCAGGCGCCCGCCGCCGUCGAGCCGAGGGCGCCCGCCGUGACGCCGAUGCAGUGCUACACCGAGGGCCCCUUCCUCGACUGCAUUAAGCCCCUGACGGCGGCCAUGUGCACCGACGAGAAGGACCCAAUGGGCGCCGUGAGCUGCGCCUGCAGCCAGGGCAGCGCCCUGUACGGCUGCUACACGGCCAACUGCGCCUCGGACCAGUUCUUCUCCAGCUACAAGGCCGGCCUGGACGCCUGCUCCACCCUCGGCGCCGGCAACGGUGGCACCCCGGCCGCCGCCACGGGCGCGCAGCAGGGCGGCGGCGGGAGCGGCAAGACGUCCUCCUCCUCGCCAGCCGCCGCCACCGGUACCGCAAAGAACGCCGCCGCCGGUCCGUCCGCCCCGCGCCUCGGCUUGGCCAGCAUGGGCGCCUCGCUGGCCCUGGUCCUUGGCGUGGCCGCGUGGUUGUGAAUCUCGGAGAGGACGGUGCGGGAGUGGAGAUUGACCACGGUCGUGGUCUAAGAAGGAAACGGGACAAGGUCAACGCGGCUCUGUAUCGUAUUAACUGCCCAAAAUUAGAGGCGCGAAAUCAAGCGUAACACCCUGAACCGUAAUGGCACUAUGUCUGGCCUCCCUG